AUGGAAAGGCUUCAAAGAUUGAUGAUGAACCAAAGAGCUGGUGUAAUGGGCGGCGCCGCCGCUGCUGAGACCCCUAUGGAUGACACUAAGGAAACGGUAUACAUUUCUUCUUUAGCUUUGCUGAAGAUGUUGAAGCACGGCAGACACGGCGUUCCCAUGGAGGUUAUGGGCCUUAUGCUCGGCGAGUUUGUUGAUGAUUACACAGUUAAUGUUGUUGACGUCUUCGCCAUGCCUCAAUCUGGAACAGGGGUUUCUGUUGAAGCUGUUGACGAUGUGUUCCAAGCCAAGAUGAUGGACAUGCUAAAGCAAACAGGCAGAGAUCAAAUGGUGGUGGGGUGGUACCAUUCCCAUCCAGGUUUUGGCUGCUGGCUCUCGUCAGUGGAUGUUAACACCCAAAAGUCGUUUGAGCAAUUAAACAGCAGAGCCGUAGCCGUUGUCGUGGAUCCAAUACAGUCUGUAAAGGGUAAGGUGGUUGUGGAUGCUUUUAGGUUGAUAGACACGAACAUGAUAAUGAGGAAUCAAGAACCCAGACAAACAACGUCAAAUGCUGGCCUACUCAAUAAGCCAAACAUUCAGGCUUUAAUUCACGGCCUCAACAGGCAUUAUUACUCGUUGAAUAUUGACUACCACAAGACUGUUGCGGAGACAAACAUGCUUCUAAACUUGCACAAGGAGCAAUGGCAGUCAGGUUUAAAGAUGAACGAUUACAAAGAGAAGGAGCAUAACAAUUUGCAAGCCACGCAAAAGAUGCUCAAAAUUGCAGAGUUAUAUUCCAAAAGGAUAGAGGAAGAGAAAGAUUUGACGGAGGAAGAGCUGAAAACUCGCUACGUUGGUAAGCAGGACCCUAAGAAACACCUGGCCGAUACCGCUGAGGGGGUCCUCGAAGAAAACAUCAUGUCAGUGCUUACGGCAGGCGUUAACUCUGUCGCAAUCAAAUGA